AUGGAUGGAGGCGACCGUGUACUGUGGUACAGGAGGUUCAGGCCUGUGGGGAAGGUGAGGCGACGGGUUCAGGACCUCCGGAUCCCCUCGUCCUCUCAUUAUCUAACCAGCGGGCCCAGUUUGGACCUGAGCCACAACGAGAGCAGCCGGCUCGCUGUGGACCGCCUGCUGAGCCAGGGCCUGGAGGGCUACCACGAGGCGUUGAAGGCGGAGGGAGAAGUGGAUUUCCUGUCACAGAUGGAGAAGAAUUACAUCCUAGAACACGGGAGAGACGGGAACACGGGUGAGCCUGAUGACCCGUCUGCCGACUGUCAGUCGUCCUGCUCUGCAGGGCCGACAGACGGCACAGACUCCACCCUGGAGCAGAGGGACACAAAAGCCCCUCCAGAUGUGAAACUGAUGGAUCCUUUGCCCGAUAAUCCCAGCGUCCAGGUGUUUUUCCAGUCUGAAAGUGGAUCAGCUGGCAUAAAAGAUUUAAUCAGGCAGUUCCUCACUAAGGCUAAACUGAACCUGGCCAUAGUGAUGGACAGCUUCAGCGACCCGGAGCUGCUGUGUGAUCUCCUGGAGGCGAGCAGGAAGAGACACGUCUCUGUUCAUCUUCUGUUGGAUCAUCUCAACCUGAAGCUGUUUGUUAACAUGUGGCAUGACCUGAAGCUCAACAGCAAAGACUUUUCUGAGCUGUCGGUACGAAGUGUCCAAGGACGGACCUACUGUGCCAAGACGGGCCGGAAGCUGACCGGUCAGAUAGCUGAGAGUUUCAUCAUCGCUGACUGGACUGAGGUGUUGGCUGGAUCAUACAGUUUCACCUGGCUGUCCGGGCAGGUCCAUCAGGGUCUUGUUGUUCUCCUCAGAGACAGCUCAGCCUCACAUUUCCAUCAGGAGUUCAACAGACUUCACUCCAGCUCCGAACCAGUCCCCGGCUUUGCCACCCUGAUCCCAGAGCCACCGUCUCUUUGUCCUCGGUCCUCGUCACAAGAAGCUCAGAAUGGAAACACUGUUAGAAAUGGAAAGUCAAAGCAGACAAGAACGACAUGCCUCUGGACUUGGAACGAAGAGGCUCAAAGCACGCCAACAGAAACCUUGGUGAAGGGGUUACAUGAUCCACGGAGUCUGGACGUGGAGCGCAGCAAAGGUGGUGCCCAACCUGUCGAGGGGCAGAGGGACUGGAGGUCUCUGCAGACCAGGAUGACGUCUCUGGGAAGAAGCAAGAGCCUGACUGAGAGACACAGAGGAGGCCCUCCUCCAAACAGAGUCCAGACCUGCAUCACACCACCUGACUGCAAGGGUCUGUUCACACACCUAAAGGGGUAG